AUGGGUCCUGGUACAAAUGUGAUUUAUCUGAAAGUCAAGCAAACCUGUAGAUUUGAUAAGAUUAUGGAUGUGUACGCAAAACACGUGAGGAUGAGAAUUGGCAGUUUAGGUUUCAGAUAUGAUGAUCUCAGAGUCCGUGAACACUUUGAACAACACCCUCAGGACACCCCCGAGGAUCUUGAGAUGGCCGAUGGCGAUGUUAUUCGUGUGGAUCUCGAGCAGGUUGGUGGAAGAUGUAGGAAAUGA